AGAACGUCUGAUCUCGGAAGCUAAGCAGGGGCGGGCCUGGUUAGUACUUGGAUGGGAGACCGCCUGGGAAUACCAGGUCAAAUGGACGGAUUGGUUGUUGGUCAGGACAGGCUUAAGGACACGAAGCAGGUGAACAAGAUGGAUUCGGGGCGAGGAGAAGGUUUGAUGUGUUGCAGUGGUGUGGUGAAUAAAAAUUUCGUGACAAGAAGGUAUGAGAAAGAGUUAACUUUAAUUCUUGAAAUUGACAAUGGUGAUGCCAUUACUCCAUUAAUAUUAAUUAGGGGAACGGCUGAAGUAUGUGGGAGCAUUACAGCAUGCAGGGUUAUUGCAAAGGAUAAAUAUGAAGUGACUGUUAAUUCUGUCAAUGCAAAGGAGAAACUGCUUGAUGGAUUUUGUAUUGGGAGUGCCAGAAUUCAUGGCAGGGAAGUUACCUCUGAUGAGCUGGUUGUUUCUUUUAUGGGGCUGCCAGCUUAUAUAGAGGAUAAUGAUAUCCUGGAGAAACUACAGGCUUGGGGAGUUUCAGCGGUCUCUGAGGUGAGGAGGAGAAUGUGGCCGGGAACGGACAUCGCGGACGGCACAAGGUUUGUGAAGGUAAAAUUCACCACCACUGUACAGUCUCUGCCUUACUCGGCUAGGUUUGUCACAGCGGCAGGUCCGGAGUACUUUCGUGUUAUUCACGAUCGACAGGUUAAAGUUUGUCGAGGGUGUCUCUCUCCCAGCCAUGUGUACAGGGACUGUCCCGAGUUUCUGUGUAGGAAGUGUGGAGUCCAGGGGCAUUAUGCCCGCGAGUGUCAGGUGCCCAAUUCGCAAAGGUGUGCUACAUGCAGGCAAUAUUUUCCCCUUUGUGUUUGUGAAAAGGGGAAAUUAGAUGGGGGGAUGCCUUGUACCCGGGGUGCUGAUGCCAAGUCUUCCAUCCUCCCUGUUUCGUCUGGAUCGGUGGCUGCUGGUCUGGGGGAAUCAACUUUGACACGUUUGCUGGUGGAGGCGCCUGUGACGAUGGGGGCUGGAGGUAUUGUUCCUCGCCCUACUCCUGACCGGGGGGGAGGGGAGGAAAUCCCUAUCCCUGAUGCCUGGGUGGCAGAGGCUGAACCUGAGAUGGGGGUGAGUGCUGGGCCGUCUCCACUCUCUGCCCCUGAACAGGAGGAGGCGACUGUUGAAUUUAGGCGUACUCCUAGGCCGACGAUUAAAAGUCCUAAGCGGAGGAAAGACCAAAUACAGUCUGUGUCUUCUAUUCAGAAGGGAGGCACCUCACAGAACAGUGAGGGGAGGAAUCAGGCUGGGCUCUCAGGAGGGGAUGUUUCGAUUGAGCGGCUGGCGCGUUUUCCCGUGUCACAGCUAUUCCCCCCUCGUAUCACCCGUUCGUCUGCCACCCUAGAACCAGUCCUGGACUCAGAUGAAGGCAUGGAGAUUGAUGGGAUGGAGCGGUAGAAACGGCAAUCUGAAGGCACUGGGAAGGGCGGGCUUAAAAAAAGUAAGUAGACUCGACGCGUCCAUCUUUUCGUUUUUUGCUUAUGAUGAAUUUUCUCCUGGUGUCAGCAAAUGCCUGUGGUCUUCGUAGUGACCAUAAAAUUCACAACAUUAUGUGCCACACCAAGUGGGAUAUUUUGUGCUUGCAAGAAACUUGGUGGGAGGGCGAGCACAUUAAGAAAAUAGAAAAUAUGAAGCUUGGUUCGCUUCACGUGGCAUCAGAAUCAGAAUCAGAAUCAGAAUCAUCUUUAUUUGCCAAGUAUGUCCAAAACACACAAGGAAUUUGUCUCCGGUAGUUGGAGCCGCUC